AUGAACCCAAACAUCAUGAGGCUGCUGGAGCAGAUGGGCGGCGCAGCUCCUCCAGGGCGAAGGAACCCUCAAGGAGAGACUAUCCUGGCGGACAACGGCGAGACAGUCCACAUCUCCUCUUUGGCCCUGCUGAAGAUGCUCAAGCACGGCCGUGCCGGUGUCCCGAUGGAGGUCAUGGGUCUGAUGCUCGGAGAGUUCGUUGACGACCACACUAUCUCCUGCGUUGAUGUCUUCGCCAUGCCCCAGGCCGGAACCACCGUUACCGUUGAAUCGGUUGACCACGUCUUCCAGACAAAGAUGUUGGAUAUGCUGAAGCAGACGGGAAGACCAGAGAUGGUUGUGGGGUGGUACCACUCUCAUCCUGGGUUCGGGUGUUGGUUGAGUAGUGUCGAUGUGAACACGCAGCAGUCAUUCGAACAGCUCAAUCCCCGCUGUGUGGCCGUCGUGGUCGACCCCAUUCAAUCCGUCCGAGGAAAGGUCGUCAUUGACGCUUUCCGAUCCAUCAACCCCCAGAGCCUUCUCAACGGGCAAGAGAGCCGGCAAACAACCAGCAACAUCGGGCACCUCAACAAGCCAAGUAUCCAGGCAUUGAUUCACGGUCUGAACAGGCAUUACUACAGUCUGGCGAUAGAUUACCGAAAAACAGAGGCGGAGCAGGGAAUGCUGUUGAACCUCCACAAGAGGGGAUGGACCGAGGGAUUGAAGUUGAAGGACUUCAAUGCGCAGCAAGAGGGGAAUGAGAAGGCCGUCAAGGAAAUGCUCACUCUCGCUUCAUCAUACACCAAAUCAGUCCAAGAGGAGGCUACACUCACGCCCGAGCAGCUCAAGACGCGGCAUGUUGGAAAGCUGGACCCGAAGCGGCAUUUGGCGGAUGCGGCCGAGAGGGCGAUGGGGGAGCAAGUCAGCAGGAAUUUGGCGAUGGGCGUUCUUUCGGAGCUCUAG